CGCGAAAAACAGUGAAAAAUUGGGCAUGUACACGCCGUUCACCUGUCCUAGUCAACGAACUAACAAAAGCUCUUUACCUCCUCUUCCUACCACAUAAGAGUUAUACUGACACGUCAUUAUCAAUUCCUUUAAUAAUACUUAGUAGAUAAUCAAAAGUACAGACGUAACAUUAUGGGGUUUGACUUUUCAUCACCUGCGGUUCAAAGUAACCCAAUUUAUCAGCAAUUUGUCAAAGUUGAAGUGACAUAUCAAAAAUUCUUAGAUCAAUCAGUUCCUCAUACUUUACAGAGAUGGAGUGUAUUUGGAGUUUUACUUGCAUUAUUUUUACUUCGAAUUAUUUUCACUCAAGGUUGGUAUAUAAUAUGUUAUGGACUUGGGAUUUAUUUAUUAAAUUUGUUUUUAGCAUUUUUAACACCAAAAUUUGAUCCAUCAUUAGAACAAGAAUUAAAGAAUGAAUCAAUUGAAGAAGGUAUUCAAGAUGAUAUUCCUAAUGAAGAAGAUGAUGAAUUUCGUCCAUUUAUUAGAAGAUUACCAGAAUUUAAAUUCUGGUAUAAUGCUACUCGUGCUACAUUAAUAUCAAUCUUUUUAUCAUUAUGGACUAUAUUUGAUAUUCCUGUAUUUUGGCCUAUACUCUUAAUGUAUUUUGUAGUUUUAUUCACUUUAACUAUGAGAAAGCAGAUUCAACAUAUGAUAAAGUAUAAGUAUUUACCCUUUGAUUUUGGUAAGACCAGAUACAGAAGAGCUGUAUAAUGAGGAGUACUAUUUAUAUACUAUAUUAUAUACUAUAUACUACCUAUAUUAUAUACUAUAUAGUAUUUACUCUAACUAAUUAUAAUGUAUAUUUACUAGUCAAUUAA